UCCAAGGUUUCGUCCCUAUAUAGCCGCAAUCGGCUUGAUCUGAAUAUUGCAGAAAGAAAAAAGAAGACAAGCUCUACAUGGAAUGAUGGAGAUUCUUCAUUUCUCCGUUGGUCGCGUGGCCUCGCGGUUUCUCGCCGCUUCAGAGUCGAUUAAAACACCCACUCAACAUUGUCUUCGCUCUUAUUUGCAAAAGCCACAUCAUAGCACAAGCCGAGUGCCGUUGUCUUCCUUACGCUAUCAAGUUCUGCGACAGGCUGAAUGUUUCAAUGUAUCGCCACUAAUCAAUCUCUCCCGCGAUAUACAACUGAGACCUUCUGCCACCCGAGCUUGCCUUCGCAGUCAGCAGCUCCAAAGUAGCACGGGUGGAAUGGAGCUUGCAGUAGCAUUGAUGGCUGGUGUUGUGUUAAUUGCUACCGCUUUACCGGAUCGUCGAGGCCUUCAGUACCCUCCACUGCACAGCACAAAAGACAGUAUCCGUGUACUUAAACUACAUCCUGGCUGUGCGCGGGACACCAUCAAGUGCAACCUCAAUACAGUCGCUUUCUCCGAGAAACCCGAGUACGAAGCUCUUUCCUAUGCAUGGGGAAACUCGGGCAGCACGAAAUCGAUCAUGGUGAAUGGCUCGAGAGUGAAGGUCAAAGAAAACCUCUGGCAAGCUCUAGGACAGCUGCGCCAUGCUACAAAACCGAGGGUGCUAUGGAUCGACUCGUUAUGCAUCAAUCAGGAUGAUUUAGCCGAAAAAAAUCGGCAGGUUCCUUUCAUGGCUUUUAUAUAUGGUCGGGCCCAGCGGGUGGUGAUUUGGUUGGGGAACCAUGAACCCCCUCCACGCGUACAGCACAGGCUCGAGCACGUCCAGGACUGGACCGACGAUUCGACGAGACGGAGAAAAUCAGAGGCUUGGAAACAGGUGGAGCGGCUCCUUCGGCAGCUCGCGCAUCAAGAGUAUUGGAAGCGGACGUGGAUCAUACAGGAGAUCACCAUGGCGUCGAACCUCGUGGUGUGCUAUGGGAAGGAAUCUCUGACAUGGGACGACUUUGUAGCGUGGGUGCAGCUCUACCAAGACCUCAACGCUGAAGACCCCGCGCUCAGAUAUAUCUCCACGCUCGAGUAUAUGCGGCAGUGCAGGUUCGAGGACCCCAAGAAGUUUUCGUUGAAGCAUCUCAUCGACGUCUUUCAAGAUUCGUUUUCUUCGGUGCAGUCGGACAAGAUCUACGCGUUCUUGGGCAUGGCGUACGAUGAUUUCGAUCAUAGUAUUCAAGUAGAUUACGGCAAGUCUGUGGCCGAGGUUUACAGGGAUGUCGUUCGUUCGUUUUGCGUUUCGUCGCCGUCGGAGACGCAGGAGAACGAGGCCGAUCUGGUUUACUACAGUGCUCUUGUUAGACGGUUGCUCACACGGAAAGCGAUUCAGAAGCCAAAGAGGGAAUUGCCCCUUGUGGACGAUGUUGAUGAAGAUGGAGACCAAGGGAGUGGCGAGGCAGCACAGCUGGCGCGAGUUCCUAACCAAACGCAGCAAAGCUUUGAACCAUUCUCUAGCGUCCAGAAGUCAUCGGAAAGUCAUUCCCAGGAUGGGAAAAACAAGAAUAACUCGACGUUUAUUCUCAACAACUACUUCCCUGGACAGGCCCCGAAAGUUAAGUCAGCUCCGAUGCCCGAACAAACACUAUCGCAAUCGGAAGAGGAGCGAAAGAAGGAAGAAGAGGAAAAUUCGAAGAAAAAGCAGAAUCAAGAAGAGCUUCUUCUUCUAGCUAUUGGGGCGGCCGUCGUCAUGGCCCUGGGGACCGCGUAUUACUACCUUACCCGCCGUGCUCCAGACGUCCCCAAAGAAUGGCACUGGCAAGCUUCGGAGCCCGAAGACCUCAAAACCUGGACCUCCAUCCAUCACGAUUCGAGCUGGGAAAAUGAACAACUAGAACUCAGAGGCCGCAUAGCUGGACACAUCACUCACGUGGGGCCCUCCGUACACGCCGUACUGGGCUCUCGACAAGAAACCAAACACUGGACUGCAAGCCUCGCAUCCCACUUCCCGGACGUCUCUGAAUUCGCCAAAGCGAGAGGCCUCAACGAGAAAAUGCUGCAGUUGGUGUAUGAUUCCAACGACUUGCAGACUCGGAAUAUUGGGCCGUUGCGCAGCUCAUCGUCUUCUGGACUCGAUGCUAGCGCCCAAUCGGGAUCCGACGACUCACCCCGUUUGUUCGCCGGCUCGAAUACGAUCCUCGGUCUUGUUCCGCCGGAUUCGCAGAACGGAGAUGUCGUUGUGCAGUUUUGGAAUUCUAGGGCCUGCGCGGUGGUGCGUGAGAUGCCGCAUAGCAGCGGGGGACUACGUGAAGAGGAUCCAACACCUCCGCGAUACGAAUUGAUAGGGAGAGCUUCGAUUGUCACGAGCGGGACAGAUGCGGAUUGGGAUGUGCCGCGAGACAAGAGAGCCUUUGGGCUGUUUUCUCGAGAUGUGCUGAAUCUCAACGUCACUCUGGACGAAUUGACGAGGUUGUCCCUGGAUACGGUCAACCUCGAUGGCUCGUAA